CAUACAUACGUACAUCCUCGUACCUACUAACGCACCAAAUUACGUACAGACAAAAAAUGGAAGAAGAAAUGGAUAAUGACGAGUGGGACGAGUGGGAUCCCUUUCCUGUUGUUGAUUUACAGCCAUUCUACAUAUCUGAAGCUUACGAUCAUGAAGAUUGCUACGUUGACCUCUCGGGGGCUCUCUGUCAAUGGGGUGCAUUCGGGGUGAUAUAUCAUCGGAUCCCAGAACAUGUGUUCAAGAAUGCUAUGGAUGCAAGUCUUGAGUUUUUCCAGUUGCCGGAGGAGGAGAAGAUGAAGUACGAGUUCAAGAGACCACUGGAUCCCAUCAAGUAUGGGAAAGAGACCGUCACCAAUCCUUCCGACCAGAAGAAUUACGUGUGCAGAGAGUUCCUGGAUAUAUAUGUACAACCUGAACUGCACUUGCCUGAUAAACCUCAGAAAUUAAGGGAAGCAGUGCUUGAGAUGCAUACAAGAACUCGACCGCUGCACGGACUACUAAUUCACCUGAUGGCGACGGGGCGGAACAUGAGAGUUGAAGGAGGCGUAACAGAGGAAAGGUUCGAGAUGGAGUCAUGCUUUCGGCACUUCACUGCGAAUUACUAUCCAUCUCGGCCGGAGUUUGAGGAGCCGAUUCCGAUGCAACCUGAUACCAAUCAGCACGUAUUUUUCACAACAUUUAUGCAUAAUGGAGAGGCUGGAUUGGAGUUCUCCCGCGUCAUAUAUGGCGAGCGGAUCCCUCGGAAUAAGUGGUCCAGGAUCCGGCAGGCCCCUCCCCAUGCUGUUUUGGUUCACGCUGGUUAUCCCGUUGAGGUAUACAACAACGGAUAUUACAGGACUGUGAAGUUGAGAGCAUUUGUAAAUACGCAAGCUCAACCUAGCAUAACAGUUGGCCUAUCCAUCGGACCGGGGCUUAAUGCCAUGGUUCGGACAGCUCCUGAGGUGGAAGAAAGAUCCCAAAAGCCUUCUUGUUAUAGUCCAAUGAAAUACAUAGAGAUCAUGGAAAUAAUGGAGAACAAUCGGCUUCAUGGCAGGAUUUUCGACAAGGAACAGGUGAAUUAUAAAGCCCAGCAAGAGUAGUUUAAUUUAAUUCGUAGAUCAAAUCGUCAUGCAACCUGCAGCAGAUACUAAUCAGCAUGCAUGCAUGCAUGGGCUUUUCACAAAUAUUCAUGCAUGAUCGAUGGGGAGAAAACCCUAAAUAUAUAUGUUGUCUGAAUAAUUCAAGAGUCAGGUUUAAUGUUGCCUAGCUUACUCAGACAAUAGGUAGUCGGAAUGUGAACGUGUAUAAUAUGAUGAAUACUGAAAGAUGUGUGGCAAUUAUUCAGUGGUUUAAGCAGA